CUCAAGAUAUUUAGAUUCUGCAAAUCAAAAUGCCACAAAAACUUUAAAAAGAAGCGGAAUCCCAGAAAGAUCAGAUGGACCAAAGCCUUCCGGAAAGCAGCUGGCAAAGAAUUGACGGUGGAUAAUUCAUUUGAGUUUGAAAAACGUAGAAAUGAACCAGUGAAAUAUCAGAGAGAGCUGUGGAGCAAGACUGUUGAUGCGAUGAAGAGAGUAGAAGAAAUAAAGCAGAAACGCCAAGCUAGAUUUAUUAUGAACAGAUUAAAGAAGAGCAAAGAGUUGCAGAAGGCAGAAGACAUCAAAGAAGUCAAACAGAACAUUCACCUGCUUCGUGCUCCGCAUGCAGGCAAACCAAAACAACUGGAGGACAAAAUGGUGCAGAAGCUACAAGAGGAUGUGGCGAUGGAGGAAGAUUCCUAAAGUGCAUUUUGCAUUUUCUAUUUGCACCUCUUCAGCAGUUAGCAGUUGCUAACUUCCUCACCAGGCAUCAUUCAGAACUGUGCUUAUAGUUGAAGAAAAAAUACUUUUUAUUGAAUAGUGCUCACCUCCAGGUUAACUGAUUUUUGUUCUUGUGAAAAUUAAUACUUGUGAAAUGAUUCUUCUUGUGGAUAAUGGUUUGGGCAGUGCUUACAGUUAUCUAAUUCAACAAAACCUUGUCAACAGGAUGAAAAACAAAGCAUAUUGUUUGCAGUACUACAUGGUCUUUGUUAUCAAGAAAGACAAUGUAAUUUUCCUUUUCCCUGAUAAAAUCAAGGUAUAAAAGAUGCUGGCCCUGGACUUUUUUUGACUGUUGUUCUUUUGUAGUGGUAAAAGCAGAAAAAAGGUAUCUUAAUUUUUAGAAAUUGGGGCAGUGCUGGUUUGUUUUCAGUCUGCUCAUUAGGAAUAUUUUUCAGCUUGUAUUGUGAAUGCAGAUUGUGUUUGUUUUAUUUAGAUUCCCCAAGAUUACAUGGCAAUUGAUGUCUAAGCUUGGCAAAGCUAAUGUAGAUGUAGGCCUUACUGCCAUUUGGAAAAUAAGAGGAAUAGUGAUAGCAUCUCCUCUGAAGUUGGAACCAUCAGCAUCCUCCUGAACUACUGAAACUCAAAUCUGGCAUGUAAUCGGGCUGAUUCAUAUGCUCAAUAAAUCAUGCUUUUGAGUGUUUAUAAUGUAACCUAAUACUCAGGAUUAUUUUGAUAGAAAAGAUAAUCAAAUUAAAGUAUAGGUAUAUUGCAUAUCGGUUUGGUAUUUAUCUUUAUGCUGCGUGUCGUCAGUAUUCAGAUAAAUACUCGCUCUUUUAAACAGUCAACAGUUUAUCUACAUCAGUGUGAUUAGAGAAGCCUUUAAAAAGCCUUUGAAGUAGCAUUUACUUUCUUGUUGAUGCUACCUAUCCUGAAAAAUAAUUAUUUGCAGUUCUAUUCCACACUUGAGUAUGUGGUAAAUUGGGAAAAUUCCUCGUAUGUACUACCUACAUGUGCAUUGCGUAACUCAGGAAAGAAUCAGAUUUGAGCAUAUGAAAAGGUAAGUGGUAGUGGAGAAUGCGUGAGCUGAAUAGGGCAUUGUACUCAAAAUUUUCAUCUCUUAAUUUACAAAUUAUGUUUAGGUAUUUAGAAAAUUUUGAUGCAUUUUAGGGAGAUAAGAAUAUAAUUCUUACAUAACUUCAUGAAAUAAACAAUUUAUAUACUUUAAAAUUUGCUAAUAAGGUGAUAUCAUGUUAAAAGUAUUUUGUAUGUGUAGUUCUAGUAUUUCCUGUGUAAACUUUAAUAUAGAUAACAUCUCAAAGGCAUAUGGUUAAAUGACCAGGAAGCACAUGCCAACAGGAUAAUUCAGUAAGAUGCUACAAAAAAUUCCUUGGACGUAAUGCAAGGGAACACCCCACAGAAUGCUAAUUGGUAUCUUUGUGAUUAUGCAGGUUAACUAGCCCCCUUACAUUUGGAUCAGGCCUUCACUAGGUGGAUUCAAUGAAUUGUUUGGCUUGCUAAGCAGCUGAAAAACUCAUUUUCUUGCCAGCCAAGAACUUACAUAAUUGAAAAUACUGUACUGGGAGUUGGGGGCUGAUUUCGGAGGGAAUAUGGCAAAAGAUUUAAUUAUGGUCUUUAGUCCUUUUCCAGUUUAUUAACUGUCCUGGUUCAGAGGGGAGCAGAGGGAAAGUAUCAAUGAGGUCAAGUCUAGAAAUUGAGGGGGAAGCACUAAAUUACAGUGUUAGUCUCUUACCCACUGCCUUGCACCCAGUUUUUGAAAACUUUGUUGGAGAAAGUUUCUGAAAGAAAAUGGAAACCUAGGUGCUUUUCUGAGAGUAGCAUUUCUGUUUUGUAAAGCGUGUUAACUUCACCAGUGACGAGUAAUGUUUGUCCCUGUGUUCAGUCUGCUUGUCACAAAUUUGGAUUACUGUGUUAGUAGUUAAACUUUGUUGGUGAUUUCUCUCUUCACUGCCCCCAUCCUUGAUGCUUUGCUUUUAUUUUGACUGCUAGUAGUGGUGUGUGGUACUACAGCUGAAUCCAGUGAAAGAUAAUUGUUUGAUAGCUAAACUGCAGAUGAAGUCGAUUCCAAA